GUUAUCAUUGGUGUAGGACAGAGAGCAGUUCUGUUUCUGGGCGUUGAAUCCGGACACCGUUUAAGAGCUCCUGAGCUCCCACUGAAAACACAGUCGGUGUAAACAUUCAGUACAACCCCAACAAGUGUGGACGUUGACUUUGAAGGGACGACUGACUUUGCUCUUGUACUGCCGGUGAGUUUGAGACUUUUAAAAAUGUCUGCUCGACGUUUACAACUGUGUAUUGAACGUAUAUCCGGUUCACUGUCCUGAUUGGCUGACACGUAUACUUUCGAAUUCAUGACAGACACGCACGAGCUGGAUAACGGUACGAUGGAUAUCACUGUUAACCGAAAUAGUCCUCUAGAAGUGUUGUUGCCCAGAUCAUAACAAUAAGUUAUGCAUUAUAUAAUUAAAGUAUUGUAUUAAGUACUUUUGUAUGUAUUUGUUAUUACUUGACAUAUUACUGUAAGAAUUCUGCAUUAUUCUCACCACAAAACUUUUCAGAAUCUAUCAUAAGACAGUGGUGUUUUUUAUACUUUUGUGCAAUUGAAUGUGUGCAUGGCCCUGUUAAUUUAUAACAGAUUAGAGUCAUGCGUGGCAUUAGUUUGACACAAAUUUGUAAAACGUAUUUGGAGAUGACAGAGCAGACACUGGAGUGGCUAUAGCUGGACUGGCCCCAUCCUGUCUGUGACCCAGGGUAGAGCCAAGCAACCCCACCCUGAAAAUAAGCUCUGUGUUCAAAAGUAAGAAAACUUCUGUUCAGUUAAUAGAAGUUGUACUCUCAAAAGGAACUUAAUUUGUGUAUUAUUAUCAUUAAAACUGAAUCCAGGCCGACAUGAGUAGUGUGCCUGAUUAAGGGUCCCUUGAAGUCUACAGGAGCUCAUGAUGCUUGAAUUAUUUAUGCCUCCACCUGGUUGGAGUGGCACAUUAAAACUAGCUACACACAUACAAACUGACUGUACUGAGAAUAAUGAUAUUUAUCCCUCAGGUUUGUCCAAAAGUGUGUUUGCACUAACUGUUCUUUUAUCACUCUGUCAUCCAGGCAUGACGUUGAGCUCCAUCAAGACCUUCACGCUCGAGCUGGAUGGUGCAGCUGAUGCAGCAUUCACCGGAGGAGAGGUGGUGUCUGGCCAGGUGGUCCUGGAACUCCGGAGGGACACCAGAGUGCACUCCAUGAAGGUGCAGGGCAGAGGGGUGGCCACUGCACACUGGCUGGAGAACCGUGGAAUGAACUCUGUCUAUAAUGACUACACCUCCAGGAUCACUUACUUCAGGAAGAGGCAGCAUCUAAUCCGAGGUUAGUGGAUAAGGAUGCAGAUGGUGUCAAUCCUACACAUUCAGAUAUAUAUGAUGUACAACAGUUAAAGCUCAGGAGAAUUACAGCAGCAGCUUAAAAGGAAGCACUGAACAACAUCCAUCCUACACUGUUUAUUUUUCAUGGUGAAUUUAUGAUCUUAUUUCUGUUCAAAUGUAUUAAAGCCUCUGGCUUGAAAACACUGUACAUUUUCAACACUGGCAGUUACAGGUUAAAUUUUGGCUAUAAGCAUCUCAAAAGCUGAACAGGACUAAUGAUUGAAUUUCCCUUCAGGGAUCAAUAAAGUUCUUUUCAUCAUAUUUUAUCUUAUCUGAAAGUGUCCAGUUGUAUGGAUCGAUCUGGAGUAACUUUAGUCUAAAGGUCACCAAAAAUAAAGACUGUGACCUGUGAAUGAAAAUACAGAGAAACAUCUCUGCUGUUUUAAAAAGGACUUGAAUAUAUCAUUGGUGCUGGGCUUGUUGUAGUUUUAUUUAUUUUAUUUUUUUUUGAGCCUCAGGGUUAUUUUCUUGUAAGAUGUCAUCCAUCAUUUGUACUCUGCUGUGAUAUACAUAGUAACAGUGUUCCUGCAUGUGUUGCAGCAGGUGGAGGAAAAAUGUCUCCCUGAAUAAUGAGGCGUAAAACUGCUGAUUUGCUCUGCCAUGUGCCAGCUGGUGGCUACUGCAUCUUGUAGUUGCUGCAUUUUGCAAAAUUAGGCCACCUGAGUCAGAUGCGUUGCAUGGAAACCUUAGAGAUAAAUUGACACUAGAUUAUCAAGAUACAUCUGCCAGAUAACGCAGUAUCAUAAAACACUCUGCUAUGAAGAAAAUAAUACUGGGAAGUCUGACUUCCCUCAGUGUGGAUAGAAUCAGACAGCUUAAAAGCAGAGAAGCAUAGAAUAUAGGUCAAAGUGACAGAGUAAAUAAACUGCAGACAGCGGUUAAUAUUUUGUUAGAUGUUCUUUAAACAAAAUAUGUGGUUUGACAACCUGCUUUGGUCCAUCUGCAGGGUUUCAAAUAACUGCAGGAUUUGUUGUUGCUUAAGUAGAACACAAACAGCUGAUAAUGUGCCCGACUGUUGAACCCAAAUGAACCACAACUACAGUUUGCAUAGCAAAUAAUUUCCAUAACAUUUACUGCUGAAAUGCCAACUUCAUGCUGUUUUAGAAGAGGCACUAUGCAGGUUUGUAUGAUAAUAACCAGCCCACAUUGUUGCCAAAAAUACACUCUGAAUAAAAGAUGGUGACAAAUGAUCCAUUAACUGAAAUGCUCUCCUACUGGGCUGAGAUUGUGAAGUAUCCAUCACUAUUUCGGCUUUAUUUUGAGUGACAUUUAAAAAGAAAAUGUGUUCAUUACAGUUACUGUUCACAAAGUUAAAACUGAUAUUGUUAAGCUUUGUAACGAACCACCUCGAGGGUAACAAUUUCAAAACAUCUGUGAAAGGAUAUCAUGUGUUCCUCUGUCAUUUUGAAAUACCUGCUGCUCACAAUUCAUUACCAUUAAUUAUAUUAUCACAUAUAUUUUUAUGAGCAUAUUGUUUUAGCAGAUAUAAUGCUAAAAAAUAACCUCAAAUAAAAGUAAAAAUAAUAAAAAACUGCAAUCUUUGGACACGUCAAGGUGACCUCAAAUUUUUAGGUGUUUCAUAAUGACAGCAUAUGCUAUAAUCGGUUGAAUGCAGUUUAAUGACAGUCAAACAAUUAAACACAGCAGAACCAAACAGCUCGACAUAAUAUUCUGCUGAGUAAUAAAUCACAGAUGUUAAUCACCUCAGUACUUGUAGAACAUUGGGGAUUUGACCUGGGAAUUUUUCUUUCACACUGACUUUGUGAAUAGUCCAAUCCAAUCUGCAGGAUCUGUCUAAUAAACAACACAUCAUACUGUUUUCUCUCUCCUUUAUAGACCCUCAAAUCUCCUCAGGAAGAAAAAAUAUUUAAUGGAUUUAGUUUAUGUUUGUACUUGUGUGAGUACAGUUUGGAAAAGCUAUAAAAAUGUUUUCAAAUAAAGCUGAAACUAGGACGUGCUGUUUGGGUCUAUUUACUCAAGACCGGGCAUGAGGAGAAAGUGGAGGAGAAAGGAAGUAAGUAGAGAAAGAGGAAGGGGAGGGAGCUGUUUAAAAAAUGCAGCCCCUGUCACCCUGGCAACAAGGAAAACAACACGUGGCUGCUCCUUGAAGCCGCCCUCCCCCUUCACCAUACAGCCUGCCUCUUCACUCCAUUCAUUUUACAACAUGGUGUCAUUUCCAGCUCAUUUAUCUUUUAGUUUUCCAUAAACACGUCUAUCUGUGAUUGAUUGGUUUUCCCUUCUUAAAUUCAUAUGCGUUCCAGUCUGGUUUUGGAUGAGAGUUUCAGACUGUUUUAGGAGUUGCCCCAAUUUUGUGUUUCUCAUGCAAACACCAACUAUUAGUAGCUACUCUUGCUUAAGCUCCUUUGGCUCCAAAGUAUGAUAGCCUUCCAUGUAAAUAUUGGCUUCACUGUGCAGCUGUUGAGUAUACAAAGACACUCACGUGGAUAAAUAAGUGUACUUUAGUCUGCAGCAGAAGUAAGCGUAUUUCCACCCAUGAUUAGGCUGAUCACACUGAGUCAUCUGCACAGCAUGGUACACUUAUCAAGCCCACCAGACCGUGUAGAUAAUGACUUGUUCUUCUUAUCAGAGCUAAAAAGGAGACUCCUCACAGGAACAGGCUGCUUCUCCUGUUCACCAGCAGGUGGUGUGCUGGGAUUUUUUUGACAUUAGGCUUGGGCUACAUAACACAACACUGCAAGCAACAACCUAGAGAUUAAGGCAGAGACAAAGCAAGACAUAAAAACCUGGUUAAAUUCUGCUGUUUAUGCAUUUUCUCCUUGAAAUGAGCUUCUUGUCGUAAGAAAAGAUGAAGACAAUCGUUUCUCUUCUAACCUUUCAGCCCAUCAGAACAUUAAAGUUCACCCAGAGGCCCAGUGUUAUGCAUUCUCCAUCUGUAAUAAGUCUGAAAACUUCCUUUAAGUACCAGAUUUACAAACACCCCAACUCAAUUUCAGGCUGUGUGAAAGCAUCCUGUCAGUCUUGCAGCUGUGCACAAUGCCUCUAUAUCACCAGCGGGUGGCACUACAGAACCAACAAGUCAGCUCAGAGAACAAAGGAGUAAACAACUUUGUUUUUCUCAGCCCACACUAGUUUUCGUCCUAUGCAUUUGAGAUUGAAUGAAAAGUACAAUCCAUUUUAUAAAUCAAGCUGUUUUAGUUUAGCUUGUUGAUUGCUGAUGGUUUUCUGGGAAAGUCUGUUCUGAAUGGGGUCUGCUGUGUUUGCAAAUGUUAAGUUUAUAUUUGGGUGUGAAUAACAGCUGCAUGGGUUCUUCGAUUCAUGCAAGUGGUAUAUCUGUUGCACCGCUUUAUUGUUGUUUUUGUUGUUGUUGUUUUGCAGUACCUGUGUAGUGACACUUCAGCUCUAAAAAUGGAAAAGUUGUUUUUCAGGAGAGGAUUUGGUGGCAUAAGUUGCAUGCUCGGCUGCAUAGUUGUGUGUUUUCAACAUGUGCUGCAGCCCGGGCUGUACAGUAACAGUAUGUUCAAAGCAACAUGGGUAAAGUGGAGUAAACAGCUUUGGUUCAGAGUAAAACUAUUUUCUUCUGAGCUGUGCAGGGGCGGAUCUCUGUCACAGGGAGGUAUGCCCAGUAAGCCUGUUUUCUUCUAAGAACCUGUAACCAUCAAUCAUCACUAGGGCCUGUUUUCCUCACUGCUGCCUCCACACCCAGUCUGCAUGUUUGUUGUGCUGCUUUCAUGUACGGCUCGGAAAUUUGAAUGUAUCACAUAGAAGUUAUUCAAAAAGUUGUAAAACAUAUAAAAAGUGGUGAUUUACAUGACACACAAGUUAUAAAAGUCAUGAGAGCUGCUAUCAUAAAACGUCUAGAGGACUUUUUAGUUGUGUUAUGAUGGUGAUGUUGGUGGUUUAAUUUUCAGGUUUUGCCCUGACAUGUUUUUGCUGAUGUGUUCACCUCCUGCAGCACCAAAACACAUUAACAUAGGCCUACAAAUAGAAAAAAACUUAAUUUCAGCUUGUAAAUUGAGGAACCUAACCUUUUUAAAUCCAGUUGAAGUGUUUUGUUAGAUGUUACAAUGCAAAGAAAAAGCUAGAGCUAAUUGCAUUUGUCAUAUCCACUGUGUAGAAGUUUAUUGUCACUUAAGACAGCUGCUUUGGCCUAUAUCAAAUUAUAAGACUAAUAUAGAAGACUUUUAUGAUUCUGCUGCAAAGUUUUAUCUCAAAAAGGUGACUAACUGUGGCCACAUGUCUUGUUGACAUCUUUGGAGCUUCAAGUCGGGGCCAAGGAGGAGGCCCUGAAGGCAGCAUCCGCCUUCAACCCUCUCCUGAGCCUUACAUAAUAAAAUCAAGCCCCGCCCACCUCCACAGCCUCAAAAUAGGGCUGCAGAGCGAAAAGGUUCAACAGUUUAAGCUUUAAACACGAGACAAAAGACACCUGAAGACGCUCUUCAGCUGACUGGAAGGAUCGAAGGACAAGGAUAGAAGAAGCCACUAACUUUUGAGAGGACUUGUGCAUCGUGCAGAGAUGAUUUUCGACAAGUUAAAAAAGUUUGACAUCGUCUUCGACUCUCCGGAGGUGGACAGUCCUCCAGUCUUCAGCAGCGGGGACGUGGUGUCCGGACGGGUGGUGCUGGACCUGUCCGGGGAGAGUCGGGUAGAGUCCCUGAAGCUUCACGCCGAGGGAUUCGCAAAAGUUCACUGGACCGAAUCCCGGUCUGCGGGUUCCAGUACCGCGUACACCCAGAACUACAGCGACGAGGUGGAAUAUCUGAACCGGAGAGAAGUGCUGCUGCAGGCAGGUCAGUGCGCUCUGCACGCUGGGUGAUCUCUGAUGGGGGAUGAGAGCAGAGAUGGAGCCUGUCUGGAAAAGUUCUCAAACUUUCUGAUAGCUGAGCAUAAAAACAGGUCAGGUCACUAAGAGGUAGUUUUCUCUGCAGAGCUAUAAUAUUGUUUUUGUAAAAUCAACAUUUAGUCCUUCAUUUUCUGAUUGUACUUCAAGUCUGCGAAAGUCAAAAUAGUUGGAACUCUUUUAGGGUUAGAGUUAAAAUGUGAGUUUCUUGUUGUUGCUAAAUGUCAGAUAAACUUUGUGAAUCAGACAACAGUCGAAGUUACUUGAUCAAGAUUUGUCGUUACCUACUUCCUAGAAAACAGUGAACAGCUAUAUUUAGAAAAGCACCAAAACAGCUCCAAAGAUCCACUCAUUCAUUCCACAAAGAAGUCAAGAGUGCUUUCAGCAUUUAUUCAACCAUAAGAUAGGUUUGGUGUUGUUAAUCACUAUCUGAUAAUAAAAAGUUGGAGCUCGUGCAGCAACAGCUGACUUUGCAGUUUUUCUGACUUUGGAAAACAUCUGUCGAAAGAAAACUGCGCUGACUACUUGGAGGAGUUGUUUUUCUCUUGAGUGAAGUGGGAGAGCCUCCAGUCUCUGCCUUCAUUCAUUGGGCACAGAGAUGUUUUGGUUUAAUGUGCAGGCAGGAAGUUUACUGCCAGAACUUAACAAGUUUGGGCCUUUUUCAUGCAGUUUUCAAUCUCACUGCCUCAUUUGGCAUUUUACGAAUAAAAGUUUUGGGAAACUUGUAACUUUGUUGUAUAAUUGACUUAAGUUAGAGGGUUCUCUGCCAGCGUGCACAAAAACAAGCAGCAGAAAGCGCCCAACAACCCACUUGACCCAUUAAGAGGAUUUGACAGUGACAGUAUUGUUAUUGAAAUGAAGUUGGAGCCUCCAGCCAACAAAGGGGACUCAAAACACAUCCAAUCUUUUAAACACAUGUUCCCGAACCUUUGCAGCAAGAUUGAGAAAGAGAAAAGAAGGGAAAAAAUACAGGGCAGUCGAGACGUCGUUGGCGAAAACAUGUUCUCCCUUUGCACAAUGAAGCAGGAACCGCCCCUCUGAGCAAGCACAGCAGCCAUGUGACUGCGCACAGACAGAGAGAUUUCUAUUUCAGAGUCAUGCUUAACAGAUCUGUUCUUACAUUCCCAAUAAAAGUGUUCUUUCGGAGGGUUUCCAAAGAACAGUGGUGGUUAUUUGCUUUUCAGAGUUUGCAUGAAUUGUGCUGGUUAAGCAACGCUUAAAUGGGGCCUCGUUUGUCGCCUUCUCUUCCUUGUUGUGUGUGAAUAAGCUAACAGAGUCCAAUACUCAACCACAGCCCAGAUAAAGAGACUUUUAUGAUGUCAUUCGCAAAAUAAUUCAUUUACCUCUGUGAUUUAUUACUUAAUGCACUACUUCCUGAUGCACAUAGUCAUCCUGAAAGUAAAAAAAAAACACUUUCUGUCCUGAACUUAUCAAAUUAAGUAUUCAGAACCAAAACCAAUAAACGAUUUAAAACUUAAAUUUGUUCUUUUUUUGCUUUUGUUUCCUCAGAUAACGGUGAAAUGACCAUCCUCCCUGCUGGCAGACAUGAAUUUCCAUUCAGUUUCCAGCUCCCUGAGGAGACACUGGUCACCUCCUUCGAGGGAAAACAUGGUAGCAUCCGAUACUGGGUCAAAGUGAAGCUCCACAGGCCGUGGGCCACCGUCAAGAAGAUCAAGAAAGAGUUCACCGUCAUCGAGCCCAUCGACAUCAACACACCAGCCUUACUGGUGAGCCUCUCAGCAGUCACAUUUCAGAAAUCAGCACACACUGCAUGAUUUUUCUGGGUGUUUGAGGCUCAUUUGGUUGCAUUCUUUCUAGGCACCACAAGCUGGAACAAAAGACAAAAUGGCACGGGCAUGGUACCGUAACUUUGGACAGGUGUCCGUGACUGCAAAGAUUGACCGCAAAGGCUACACACCAGGUAAGAACCAGGAAAUAAAAACACGAUUAACAAAAACAAGGUCUCUAACCAUUCUUUUAAUGAAUGUUGGUCAUUUCUAACAUGUUCUUUCUCUUUGCAGGUGAAGUGAUCCCCGUUUUCGCAGAGUUUGACAACUCUACGUCUAGAUCAGUCGUUCCCAAAGCCUACAUCACUCAGACACAGACGUUCAUUGCACGGGGCACCAUGAAGCAGAAGCGCUCAGUGGUCGGGACGCUUUGUGGUGAUAUCGUAGGGGCCAGAAGCAGGGAGACGUGGCAUGGUCGAGCCAUUAAGAUCCCACCGGUGGGGCCCUCCAUCCUGCAGUGCCGCAUUAUCAAAGUGGAGUACAUGCUGAAGGUGAGCCCAGUCUUGAUGUAACCUCUCAUUUAAAGCAGACUGUUGCUGUGUUUUUGACUGAUGUCAUUAAAAGCCCCGCCUUUUUCUCUUCCGCCAGGUUUGUGUUGAUGUUCCUGGGACAUCUAAGCUGUGUCUGGAGCUUCCGCUGGUCAUUGGCACUAUCCCCCUCCACCCAUUUGGCAGCAGGACCUCCAGUGUCAGCAGCCAGUACAGCGUCAACCUGGAGUGGCUGCGCAUGGCCAUCCCUGAGCAACCUGAGCGUAAGUGUCAUUCAGUACUGCAUGACAGACUGGGAGAGGUGUCGAUCUAGGUUUACUGAUAUAACAACUAAAACAAUUUUAAUGUUAUGGCACGACAACGCAGGAACAUCUUGUUCUUGGUAAUAUUUGUUUAUGGGGAAAAACAUGAUUAUGCUUUGUUUUUCUCCUCACAUAGUUGAAGAAUCCUAGCUGUCAGUGUUUAGACUCUGCAGAUAAAAACACAUGACACACAGUCUGCGAAGCAAUACAGCCUCAUUAUUGUUUAUUUUUCAAACCAUAGCCAAUAUUCAAGGAUGUUUGCAAUCUCGAAAUGAAGCGUGCAGUGCGCCUGAUUCAUAAAAACAGAACACUGAUUGAUUCCAGAGGCUGAAGUGUGAUUGCCCCUUUUUUGUUCUUAAAACAAAUUAAUCCUUUGAGGGACCUCUUUUAGCUUUGUUGUUAGGUCUCAUUUUUAGCUAAAGUUCCAUUUUCUGAUGCCAACACGCACAAAACUCAACAACAGCAGCAUUCAGCCGAGAUUCAUGUGGGAUUAAAUCAGUGUUUGUUGGUGCAAAAGGCAGAAAAUGUUACGUAGGGGUUUUAAGAGUUUUAAGUGAUGACUCAGCCGCUCAGUGUUUGGACCUGCUCUGUCGAGUUAGACCAGCUGACUAAUCCUGCCUGUUUCCCUGCAGCUCCUCCAGAUUACAGCUCUGUGGUGACAGAGGAGGAGGCUGAGCAGCGAAACAACACGGCGGUCCCGCCACCGGCCGAAGACCUGAGCGGGAUCUUGGAGCGCCCCCUUAUGGCAUUUGUCCAAGAGUUUCGCUUCAGACCACCGCCAGUUUACAGCGAGGUGAGCCAGCACAAGCGACUCCUAUUUUUAUUUUUUUAUGAUUGACUUUAAAAGUUUUCUUCUUUAGUAAAUAAGUUUUUUCUUUUUUUUCUUCUGGCUUCGAUCUAAUAUAUUUUGUAUUUCUGUUUUCUGCCCACAGAUCGAUCCAAACCCUCAGCCCUUAAACAUGAGACCCCGCUGCAUGACGUGUUGAACCAUGAGUCCUGCCUGAGUGUCAAGCGACAUGAGUUUUAACAAAACCAAUCAUGAGAUUUGUCUUCUCCUGGAUUAUUCUCUCCGGUAAAUGGCACCUGGUCCCACCAAGUGUUGCAGAGGGGGACCGGAACGCCAAGGAGAGGUCAGGGGCGAAGCUCACAGGAACUGGACUUUCAGUGGAAGAGCUGCCACUUCGUUUUCCAGUCAAUGCAGUAAAGUGGACUCUUUCCUGUUCUGUUGCGAGAGAAGAAACUCCUUCACAUCAGUUCCUGUCCUCCCUGAGUGAUCAAGCUAUAAAUACCUCCCAAUCAAUGGUUCCCUAUUAUGAAGCGGAUUUUUGAGAUAUGGGACAUACCUGGGGGGGUGGAUCACUUUGUACCAGUCAGUUGGGGAGUUUGAGAUGCAUCUGGUAGUCAGAUGUUUUUUACAAAACGCUCUUGAUUAGGUGGCACAUGGUCCUCCUUUGAGUGGCGUUUAAAAGAGAUAAAUGCAGUUAUUACCUUUAACUCCUUGUUCUGGUUGCACAGUAGACUUUAACAACUUGUAUGGCUAUGCAUUGUGUGAGAAAGCCGCAGAGUGCCUGUGACACUUUCUACUGUUACUGAAGCAUAAAGUGUAUCUGAAAGUGGACAAGUGAAGUAAGCAGAUGUAGACGUAUUUUAAUGCAUGCAGGUCACAAUAUUUCAAAGGGAAAACUAUGUAUGCCUUAAUUAUCUGCCGUUGAAGAUUGCAUGAGAGUUUCAGGAAGUCGUUCUCUCAGAGGUGAAAACAAUUUAAAGCAAAAACGCUUCAAACUCAACUAGUGUGUGGAUGAGUUCCAAAAGAAGUGUUGUGUUAAUGGAAAGCUUAACGCACUCAAAUGUCACAUAGCUGUGGUUGUUGACCUUAGCGCGGUGAUUAAAUAGGAUGAGCAGUCUGUGUAUAGAGCUGCAAGAGGCUCAUAGAUUAGCUCUCCCAGCUGCUAAACAAAAGGAGGAGGAGGAGGAGGAGGUGAACUCGGAGCUCUUGAUGGGAGCCAGAUGCCUCGGUGCUGUGUCGUUCAAGUCGAGCCUCAAGCUGGAGAUGCCACUGAAAUGUUUGUGCGCGAGGAACAUUCCAAAAACUGACUCGAGGAUGAUACUUUACUCCUCAACUUCCAAAAAAGAAAAACUGUCAGGAGCAUGAAAAAAGUCUUCAGGGUCAGCUGUGCGACGUUGUUGUCACGCACUGAAAAAACGACUGUAUUUUUAUACAAAUGUUAUUGUUGUUUCACAAUCUUACCAAAGUUUUGUAAUUGAUUUUUAUAAUAAAAAAGCUGAAAAUUA